AUGUGCGACUACGACAAGUACAAGGAGCAGCUCCGCCAUGUCGACAACCCCGUCGUCUUCAUGGAGCUGACGGCCGGCGGCGCACCGAUUGGCACGAUUGUUAUGGAGCUCUACGCAGACGUAUGCCCAAAGACGGUCGAGAAUUUCCGACAACUUUGCACUGGAGAGUACAGAAAAGACGGUGUCCCGCAGGGCUACAAGAAUUCCCAGUUCCAUCGUGUCAUCAAGGAUUUUAUGAUUCAAGGUGGCGAUUUUAUUAAUGGCGAUGGCACCGGAUUGAUAAGCAUUUACGGGGCUAAGUUCAAGGACGAGAACUUUGAUUUGACACACACGGGCGCCGGAAUUUUAUCGAUGGCGAAUUGCGGCCCAGACACGAACGGAUGCCAAUUCUUCAUUACUUGUGCAAAGACCGAUUUCCUCGACCAAAAGCACGUCGUAUUUGGCCGUGUGCUCGAAGGACUGCUCACCGUGCGUAAGAUCGAAAACGUGCCCACCGGAGCCAACAAUAAACCCAAAAUCCCGAUCGUCAUUACCCAGUGCGGCCAAUUG